AUGUCAGAUCCUCCCAAGAGAGUCAAAUAUUCCAAGGGCUCUGACAAAACCUGUCAGAAUUGCGCCAAGGCCAAGAUUCGGUGCAUCCGACCAGGGACGACCGGAAAAUGCGACAGAUGCGACCGCUUGGAGAAAGAUUGUCUGUAUCGAGGUGAUGGAAGCCCACAUUCUGAGGGAGGGCGCAGGGACGGUAAAAACAGGAUAGAGGCACUAGAAGCCAAAGUUGAUCAGCUGCUGGCUAGGUCAGAGACUGAAAGUUUGACCGAAGGAAGUCUUGUGAAUGCUGCGAGUGCCUCUGCGCCUCGCAAAGAUAUAAUCGAUCAAGGACUACUCACGAUUGAUGCGGCCAAUGCCCUGCUGAGUGAAUACCGAAGUACGCUUGCGUCCUAUUGCCCUUUUGUAAUCAUUGCACCACAGGUUACGGCUGGGCAGCUGCGUCGAGAAAAGCCAUUUCUUUUACUUGCGAUCAUCACGGCCGCUUUAUAUGACAAUAUGCCUUUGCAGCGCAAGCUAGAGAGGGAAGUGAAGAAUGCUAUUUCUGAAAGCAUGAUCUGGGGUGGUCCAGUUACAUUUGAGAUUUUACAGGGCAUUUUGGUUCAUAUUGCAUGGUGCCACUAUCACUCCAGGCCACGUCGGUAUUCUCAGUAUCUACAUCUUGCGAUUAGUAUUAUCACUGAUCUGCAAUUGGAUCGUUCCCCUAAACAUCGAUUUUGGACAACUCGAGUCAGCUUCGACGGUGAUGACGACGACAAACAAUCAGUCUCCUGGGGACGAGAAGAAACAAGAGCUGUUUUACAAAAGCGGUUGUACUUCCCAUAUCUCCCGUAUUUCGAAAGCCUAGGCAUCGACUUGGCAACAAACCCGGAAUAUGCGUCUGAUAAAUACCUCCUUCAUCUUGUUCGGCUUCAACGGAUUUCGGAGAAAGUCACGCUUUGCUCGAUCCCUAAUGACCCCACGCCUCGUGAGACUAAUUCAACUAUCGAGCAUUAUUAUGGCGAGUUGAAUGCAGAGCUCGCUUCAUACCAGGCUAAUCUACCAUUUCCGUUGAUUGAAAACCAUAUACUUUUCACACAAUUUCAUGCCGUCAAGCUAUAUCUAUGUCAGAUCACUCUUUUUGACCCCAAGGAAUACACACAUAACCCACAUCACGAUUCAGCCUGUCAGAUUGAUGCACUGCAAAUGGGACUUGCUGAAUCUAAGACUUUGCUCGACUUCUUUAUCAAUCUCCCCUUACGCCACGAUGUCGCAUUCAAUAAUGCAAUUUGGGUCCAGCUUGGCUUCGCAGUUACUCUUGCUAGCAAGCUAUCAGUUGCAGCAAAGGACCCUUUCGUCCAACCUCACGCGGUGGACUUGUGUCAAGCGCUCGAUAUCCGCAACGUGCUAGGCCAGUGUAUUCUUCGCAUCCAGGCACUAAUCACGUCAGAUAUGGAUGCGUCUGGCGAUAGAAAUGUUUUCUACCACUUUGAGAAGCGCUUGAAGCGUGCUCAAUGGUGGGUUGAAAGUAGGGCACUAUCAGGUCUCAAUAAUGAUCCUCUACAGUACGGCUCCCGGCUAGCGGAGGCUGCGGAUUCGUCUACCGUAACUGCGAGUCGGCAUAUUGACUCUUCACAGCCAUCAGCGGACGGGUCUGACCCGUAUUUACAGUGGUCCGGGCUUUUUCCAGACGCCUCAAUUGAUGAUAUUUUCGUUGAUUGGGUAGGUCAGACGAUGUUUUCUUUUAAUCAGCGCUUGGGAUAA